CGGCCCGCUCUCCGACGACGUUCGGUCUCCGUCAGGCAGAGCCUGUGGCGCGGCCUUUCCUCGCUGGGCAGGCGGGCGAGAUUUCUCUGAGGAUGGCCCUUUCCAAGCGGGAGCUGGAUGAGCUGAAGCCAUGGGUGGAGAAGACGGUGAAGCGUGUCCUCGGCUUCUCAGAACCCACCGUGGUCACUGCUGCAUUGAACUGUGUGGGGAAAGGCAUGGAUAAAAAGAAGGCAGCUGAUCACCUCAAGCCCUUCUUGGAUGACUCCACUUUGCGGUUUGUUGAUAAGCUCUUUGAGGCAGUUGAAGAAGGCCGAAGCUCCCGGCACUCCAAGUCCAACAGUGACCGAAACCGAAAGCGGGAAUUGAAGGAUGUGUUUGGUGAUGACUCGGAAAUUUCGAAGGAAUCUUCAGGUGUCAAGAAACGCCGUAUCCCACGCUUUGAAGAAGUCGAGGAAGAGCCUGAGGUCAUCCCUGGCCCACCGGCGGAAAGUCCAGGAAUGCUGACUAAGCUGCAGAUCAAGCAAAUGAUGGAAGCAGCAACACGGCAGAUUGAGGAGAGGAAGAAACAGCUGAGUUUCAUCAGCCCUCCCGCACCUCAGCCUAAAGCUCCGGCCGCAUCCCAGCCUGAACGCCUCCCCAUUGGCAACACCAUCCAGCCCUCGCAGGCAGCCACCUUCAUGAACGACGCCAUCGAGAAAGCCAGGAAAGCGGCCGAGCUACAGGCUCGCAUCCAGGCACAGCUGGCCUUAAAACCCGGACUCAUCGGCAAUGCCAACAUGGUGGGGUUGGCCAACCUUCACGCAAUGGGCAUCGCCCCACCGAAAGUUGAGCUGAAGGACCAGACCAAGCCAACCCCCCUGAUCUUGGAUGAGCAAGGUCGCACGGUCGAUGCUACGGGCAAGGAGAUCGAGCUGACUCACCGCAUGCCGACCCUCAAGGCGAACAUCCGGGCAGUGAAGAGGGAGCAGUUCAAGCAGCAGCUGAAGGAGAAGCCUUCCGAGGACAUGGAGUCCAACACUUACUUCGACCCCCGGGUCUCCAUCACCCCAUCUCAGCGGCCAAAGCGGACCUUCAAGUUCCACGACAAGGGCAAGUUUGAAAAAAUUGCCCAGAGGUUGCGGACAAAGGCUCAGUUGGAGAAACUCCAGGCCGAGAUCUCUCAAGCUGCCAAGAAGACUGGAAUUCAUACCUCUACCAAACUGGCCCUGAUUACUCCCAAAAAGGAGCUGAAGGAGGGGGAUGUCCCCGAGGUGGAAUGGUGGGACUCCUACAUCAUUCCCAACGGCCUGGAUGUAAAAUUUGCAGAUUCGUUUAAAAGGGAGGACUAUUUUGGCAUCACGAACCUGGUGGAGCACCCGGCUCAGUUAAACCCUCCAGAGAUGGUUCUGGUUUCUCUUGUUCCAGUGGACAGCGACAUGCCAGUGACCUUGGGAGUGUAUCUGACCAAAAAAGAGCAGAAGAAAUUACGGCGACAGACCCGGCGGGAGGCCCAGAAGGAGCUCCAGGAGAAAGUGAGGCUCGGCCUCAUGCCCCCGCCGGAGCCCAAAGUUCGAAUCUCAAACCUGAUGCGCGUUCUGGGAACAGAAGCUGUCCAAGACCCCACCAAGGUGGAAGCCCACGUCCGAGCCCAGAUGGCAAAGAGGCAGAAAGCUCACGAAGAGGCCAAUGCAGCACGGAAGCUCACUGCGGCCCAGAGGAAAGCCAAGCAAGUGAAGAAGCUGAAGGAAGACGUCUCUCAGGGGGUGCACGUAUCUGUCUAUAGGGUCCGAAACUUAAGCAACCCAGCCAAGAAGUUCAAGAUCGAAGCAAAUGCCGGUCAGCUGUACCUCACAGGCGUUGUCGUUUUACACAAAGACGUUAACGUGGUGGUGGUAGAAGGAGGCCCUAAAGCACAGAAAAAAUUCAAACGGCUUAUGCUGCAUCGAAUAAAAUGGGAUGAGCAGACAUCGAACACAAAGGGAGAUGAUGAUGAUGAAUCUGAUGAGGAGUCCGUGAAAAAGACAAACAAAUGUUCUCUGGUUUGGGAGGGCACAGCAAAGGAUCGCAGCUUUGGCGACAUGAAAUUCAAGCAGUGCCCCACUGAAAACAUGGCACGAGAACACUUUAAAAAACACGGUGCAGAGCACUACUGGGACCUGGCUCUGAGUGAGUCGGUGUUGGAGUCCACAGACUGAAGGUCCUUCCUGCGCCCCCCCCUUUUUCGGCAUUUUGCAGUGUUUAACGUUGUGAGCAAGAAUUGGCUGAAACCUUGGAGAAGACCCUCCCCCGAGUUCCUCACCAUAAGACGCACAUGAUUAAAAGAAAUAUUUUUCAUAGAUGAAAACACACACAUCCCAGGCCUUUUUGGACUAAACCAGUUUGUGGAUCUUGAUGUGUGUGCUGUUGCUGUCCUGCUGUCUCAACAAAAUCCAGCUUUGAGGCCCUGGAAAGCGGAGGCCCAUUUUCCAGCUGUGCCUUGUUUCCUUUCCAACACCACAGGUCUCUAAAGAGAGGCAGCCCUGGUUGGCUUUCCCUCCCAGUUCGGUAGGUGGGGUCACAAGUGAGGCAAGUAAGCAAGGGGGAGAGGGGAGAACGGAAGAGCUGGACGGAGCUGCAGGCUCAGACGGACGGGAGGCUGCAGCUCCCGGCAUGGGAAUUGUACAGCAGAAUAGGAGCUGGGGAUUUAGCCCGCAUCCUACAUUUACAGAAUAAACUCUUUUUUUUGUAAGAAGC